CUGAAUAACUAAAGGACGAACUCUCAGUGAGGCAGGAAGCGGGGAAAACGCAACAAGGAAAGAGAUACAAGCGAGAAAAGGAAAAAAAAAAAAAAAAAAUGGGCACCCCACUCAUCUCGUUCCUCGAGCCAACCCCCCUCCCCUGGGAGCGCGCCCUCCCACCAGAGGAGCAACCGGCCCGCGAGGCCAUCCCGCGCGUGUUCCUCGACGCCAUGACCGUGCGCUCGCAGGUCUUCGUCCAGGAGCAACAUGUCCCGCAGUCCAACGAGUUCGACGCGGACGACUCCCGCUCCGCGCACUGGGUGGUCUACGCCUCAGCGAGCCCGACGCAAGUCGAGCCGAUCGGCACCGUCCGGCUCGUGCCCUUCCCGCACCCGCCGCACCCGCUCCCGGGCGGCGUCUACGUCGAUGGCGAGCUGGUCGGUGUCGACCCCGCUGGUGGGGACACAACCACCACCGCCGCAACCACCACCGCUACUACUACUACUACUACUACUACUACUACUACUACUACUACCACCGACCGGCCAACAACCUUCCACGACGGCACGGAGCCCUACGUGAAACUCGGCCGGCUGGCCGUCAUCCGCAGUUUCCGCAAACAGGGCAUCGCGAAGCAGCUGGUGCGCGCGGCGAUCGACUGGAUGCGGCAGCACCCGGGGUACUUUGACGACGCGGACGCUGGCGCGAACGCGGCGGCCGAGCAUCCGUGUGAGCGCGAGCAGCAGGGGCAGGGGCAGGGCCCGGAGGAGCAGGGCGAGUCGGAGACGCAGCCGCAGCCGCAGCGGCGGCGGUGGCGGGGCUUGAUCUGCUGCCACGCGCAGGUGGAGGCGGUCCGGUUCUGGGAGAGCUGCGGGUUCCGGGAGGACGCGGGGAUGGGGCGGUGGAUGGAGGAGGGGAUUCCGCAUGUGGGCAUGUUCUUGCGGGUGGAGGUGGCGGAAGAAGACACCGGAGGGCUACGUGAGGGACGGGCGCAUGGCACGCAGGAACCGGGGACUGUCGCCGAGGUAGGUGAGCAUGCCCGCGGGAGCUGAUGGCAAGCUCAAAGGGAAGCGUGGACGGGGGUGCAGGCCUUCAUAUGGACAGGGGAGACCCUGACUUUCUGAUUCGUUUUGCCCAUUUCAUUUCCAAAGGGCGAGACCUAGGUUCGUGUUAAAAUAGACAGGAGCCUU